UUUGACGAAUCGCCGCCACGUGUGGUAUCCAACGCGUUCUACGUGUGUGGUAUCGUUGGUAUGCUGGAAUAUGACUGGACGCGUCGUCUUCAUUAUUAACAGUAAAUACACCGCAAAAAGUAUAAACAGCGUGUCGUUCGGACUCUGUUCGAGUCUGUUGAGCGCGUUACUGUAUAACUCGACACUCAUCGACAUGGCAGAAGACGGUCAGGGCGAGGAGAAUCCGGGAUAUGGUGGAUGCGAAGGUCCGGAUUCUAUGUAUGUCAAGCUAAUAUCAAGUGACGGGCAUGAGUUUAUUAUCAAGCGAGAGCAUGCCUUGAUGUCAGGCACAAUAAAAGCUAUGUUAAAUGGUCCCGGCGAGUUUUCAGAAAGUGAAACAAAUGAAAUCCAUUUCAGGGAAAUAUCCUCUCGCAUUUUAUCAAAGGUCUGUAUGUACUUGGCAUAUAAAGCACGUUACACAAACAACCCAAUUGACAUUCCCGAUUUCCCUGUUACAUUAGAAACGGUAAUGGAACUUCUGAUGGCAGCUAACUUUUUGGAUUGUUAAUAAUAUUGUGUAAUAAAAACUUAUAUUUACAAAUUAUUAUGAUUACAGAAUUUAACCAAUCUAAACUUUUAAAACAUUCUUUUCUUGAUAACUCAUAGACUAGUAAAUAAUAAUUUGUAUUUAAUAUUAUUUAUUGUUACUAUAAAAUUAUAAUGUGGUUAUAGAUUUACAAAA